AUGGCAACGAAACACAGCGGCACGGCUCUCCGCUCCAGGGGCGAGGCCGAUACGGCACUCUCGCUCCAAAACGAGCUCGACUAUGUCGCUGGACCCGCAGCCCUUCUCAGCGCGCGGGUGAAGCAAUAUGUCCAUCCGGCGACCACGGGGAAGGAAGCAAGAACUAUUAAUACUCUAUCGCCAUCCACGCGCGACCGCAGCUCCCCCGAUUCCGCAGAAGCCCCGUCAGUCGACGACCCAAGACUUUUGCCCGCUCCCGUCAAGCUCGAAGCUGCUGGCAGUGGAUCUGCUAAUACCAAGCACACUUCCAGCCCGGACGAAUCUGUGCUGAUUACUGACGGUGCUGCAGUCAGUCGUGCCGGGCAGCAGAUUCAGUCGGCGCUCUGGGGGACCCGCAACUUGGUCGAGAGGCUGCGACUGCUUGUAUCGACUCAAGUAACAGGGCUCAGGGUCGACGGAGAGCUUCCGCCGUACGAGGUUCUGGUCGAUACCCUGGAGGCUGUCCUCCAUCAGCAGAGCCAAAUCAACAGUGUCAACUCGUUGAUAGGAUCGUCGAACUUUGUCCUGAACUUGAUCGUUGUUGGCAAGAUGCGGUAUCUCGAGGCAGUCAUUCAGCGUGGUCGCAGACAUAUCAUGAAGCUGCAUUCUACCAUCCGCGAGCACGAGUCCUCGAUCUCGGAGCUGUCCCAGCAGACCGAAAAGCAAUCGCAGGACAUCAACCGGAUGCGGCAUUCCAUUGUCCAGCACAAGAGCCUGAUGCAGAAGGCCCUCGUCGAGUUUCGAAUCCAGCUCGACCACCACCAAGCCAUAAUCGAGCAGCAAAGACAACUUGUAUCGAAACUGACGAGCAGCAAGCUUUCAAGGGACUUUGUUGUCGACGCAUGCAUAUUUGCAAUGUGUCUGGUCUUCAUUAAACAGCCCAUCAUGUCCUAUAUAGUGGAGCUGGCGGCGCUGGGACUGAAGAGCAGAAGCAGUGGCAGAAGCGGCAGAUUGCAUAAGCUGCAGAAGCAGAUCCCAAGCAUGCUCCGCGUUGCUGUAUUUGUGGCUCUCUUCUGGAAGCUCCGAGCUGAGGCAGGUCACUAUGGUAUCCACAGCCGGAUCGGAGGCUUGAUCGAGUACUCCUUCAGCAUCGUGCAGUUCUUCAGGCAGAUGUUUCCCUCCUGGCCAAGCCAACAGCCACCAUGAGGCCGAGAGGUGCGUCGCCCGGCCACUGGUAUCCAAGCUUGAUGGUCACCACGAGACCCAGAGGCUGUUGGGCUGCUUGCCCUCUGAAUCUGAAC